AUGAGCAAAAGUCUUAAGCUCAUGGAGGACAAAAAUUUAGAGAAGAAUGCCGUGGAGGCAUUUAAACAAAAAAUGGAAAAGAAGAAGCAAGAAUAUUUAAGAUUCAAUUUAUCAAGAAAUGGUGAGAAUAUGAAGGAAGGGGAUGAAAAGAAGAAAGAGAUUGAUAUAAAUAAUAACCAUAAUUUCAAUAUUAAUAAUCAUCAUGUGAAUGAUAAACAUAUUAAUAAUAAAUAUAUAAACAAUUAUAUGAAUAAUAGACAUAUUAAAAAUAUCCAUGUGAACAAUGACCAUAUUAAUAAUAUCCAUGUGAGCAAUAACCAUAUUAAUAAUAUUCAUGUGAGCAAUAACCAUAUAAAUAAUAAUCAUAUCAAAAAUAACAACGAUAUUAAUAGAAAGAAUUCGAAUAGACAUAAGAAUAGAAAGGUAGUAUAUAUAGAAACAUAUGAUACUUAUGAUAAAUACAUUUUAAAUAUGUAUGAUGAAGAAAAUGAGAUUUAUGAAGAUGAAAUAAAUAGAGAAAAUGUCGAAUCAAGAACACCAAAUGAAGGUAUGGAAUUUAACAGAAUAGAAAAACGUGAAGAGAAUAUAUUUAUUCCUUUAAAGAUUUUAUCUAAUAAAUAUGAUUUUAAUGAUUUAGUAGAAGCAACAAAUAAUUUUUCAGAAUAUAAUAGAAUUGCAAAAGGAGGGAAUGGAACAGUAUAUAAAGGUGUUUUAAAGAAUUGUAUAAAUGUAGCUAUAAAGGUAUUAAAAAAAAAUGAAAAUAAUGGUUUUGAAAAUGAAAUAAUUAUUAUGAGUAGAUAUCGACAUAAUAAUAUUUUAUCUUUAUUAGGUUAUGCUACGAAUAAAAAUAAUUUUUAUUUAAUAUAUGAAUAUGUUAAUCUAGGUGAUUUAAGAACAUUAUUAUUUAAUCAUUAUUAUUAUUAUAAUUCAAAAAACAAAGAAAAUCCAGAAUUAAGUUAUUAUAAUAUAAGUUGUUAUGAAAAUUAUCUACGUAAAAAAAAAAGUUCUUCUUCUUGUUCUUCUACAAAUUAUUAUACUUCAACGUUUUAUAAACAAAACAUUUUCCCAUAUUUCAAUAAUUCAAAAUAUUCUCCAUUUCAACAAAAUUCAUUUGAUAAUAACACACCUCUAUUUUUAUCAUUUAAUAUAAGAAUAAAUAUAUUAGUACAAAUAAUUAAUGUCUUAUGUUAUUUACAUACAUCUUCUCCUAUUGUAUAUCAUAGAGAUUUAAAAUCUGCAAACAUUUUAAUAGAUGAUCAAUUUAAUGCUAAGCUUGGUGAUUUUGGGCUUUCCUUUGUUUACAUGAACAACAAUAAUGUGUUUAACUUGACAGGAGGAACCCCAGGAUAUGCAGACCCCUAUUAUAUAUCUACUCAUGAAAUUAAUGAACAAACAGAAAUUUAUUCAUUUGGUGCCCUCAUAUUAGAAAUGUUGGUAUCUAAAUCUCCUGCUAUUCAUGUAGGAAAGAAUUACAAUUGUAUUUAUAGUAAAAAUGAGAAAUGUCCGAUUUUUUAUCAUAAAAAGAAACAUGACCAUGAUGACAACGUUUUUGAUUAUUUAGUUAAUCAUUUAAAUAUGAGUGAUUACAAAUCCAUUUAUUCUAUUUUAGAUUACAGCGUAAAUUUCCCUGAUUUUCUGGUCGAGAAAUUAACAAAAUUAUCCUUUCUUUGUCUGAACCCUAAUAUAAAGAAUAGACCAUCUUCUAAACUAGUAAAUUUAAUAUUAUUAGAAAUACAAAAGGAAUGUGAUUUAUUCAUGAAAAAACAGCAAGAGACAUUCAAACGUAAAUUUAAUUGUAUUAAUAUGUAUUUGGAAGAUAUGGAAAGAGGAGAACAGAAACAAAAUAAAAAAAAAAUAUACAACAAUAAUAAUAUUAAUAGUCAUAAUAAUAGUUGCAAUUCUAAUAUUAUUCAGAAAAAUGAAACAAAAUUUUCAGAAUCCAAAGGAAAUAAUAAAAAUAAAAAAUUCAAAAGUGAAGAUUCGAAUAAGUUAGAAGAAAAUUAUAAUAUUUUUCUAAAAAAAAUUAAAGAAAUAAAUUAUAAUACUUUGAAAAAAAGUUUCUAUAAUUUUGUUUAUCCUAUGUUUAAAAAUGAAAAUAUAUAUAAUUUUAGUGAACAUAUUAUGCAUAAAAGAAAUAAAAAAUGUCCAGUUGAACAUAUUAAACAACAUAUGGAAAAUGCAAAAAAGGUUUCAUCAACAAUGGAAUAUAAUGAAUUAAAUAUGAAUGACAUACCUACACCAGAUUAUAUCAGAUUUAAAUACAAUACAAUUAGUAAUUUAUGUAAUAUAAAAGAAUGUAUAUUACACAGAAUGCAUAAAGACUUUUUCAGUAAAAAUUAUAUUUUGAAUUCUUUCUCUUUUAAUUUAAUGAACUGUUAUUUCUUGAAAUUUAUUUCGAAUUAUUUAAAGUAUGUAAACAUGCCUAAUGGUUCUAAUUCACUUCUAAUCAAAGAUGGUGAUGAUGAUGAUGAUGAUGAUAAUGAACAUGAUGAAGAAGAUUAUGACGAUGAAAAAGAAGAAGGGGAAUAUGAACAAGUGCAUUUGAGUAAAAAAAAAUAUAUAGAAGAUAAAUAUAAAGAGGAAAUAUAUAAAGAGGAAAUAUAUAAAGAGGAAAUAUAUAAAGAGGAAAUAUAUAAAGAGGAAAUAUAUAAAGAGGAAAUAUAUAAAGAGGAAAUAUAUAAAGAGGAAAUAUAUAAAGGGGAAAUAUAUAAAGAGGAAAUAUAUAAAGAGGAAAUAUAUAAAGAGGAAAAAUAUAAAGACGACAUACAUGAUGAAGAAAAAUAUAAAGACGAUAUACAUAAUGAAGAAAAAUAUAAAAACGAUAUACAUAAUGAAGAAAACAAAGAAGGAAAACCUAGUUCUUCCUUUAAAACACCCAUUGAAAGAUUAUUUAAAAUUUAUCAAGAAGAUAUUCAUAAUAAUAUGAAUAAUAAAUUGAAGAAGAAAAAAACGAUGAAGGAACAAAUACAGCAGAAGAAGAAAAAUAAUAACAUAAGCAAUAUUAACCAUAUUGAUAAUAGUAAUAAUGUUGAUAAUAAUAAAGAAAAUGUGAAUAAUAAAAAAAACAAACAAAUGAACCUUGAGGAAAAUAAUAUUUAUAAUAAUAAUAAUAAUAAUAAUAAUAAUGCUGAUAAUAAUCAAAAUAUAUAUAAUAAGAAUAUUAAUUACCAUAAUAAUAUUUCUAAUAACCCUUUCAAAGGUAUAGAGAAAGAUUAUAUUGACAAAAAUAAUAUGAUUAAUGUAAUACCUAAAUGUCCUUUAAAGAAUCCAAAUUUAAAUAAUAUAUAUGCUAACUAUGCAAAUAAUCAAAAUGAUGUUAGGUAUCAGGUACCAUUUAAUAAUAAUGAUUAUCUUCUAAAUAACCAUAAUUUUUUAGAACCUAAUCCAGAUCAUAUAAAUAAUAUUAAUAACAAUAAUAAUAAUAAUUAUUAUUAUUAUUAUAACAAUAAUCAAAUAUAUAUGAAUAAUUGUUAUAUGAAUAAUAAAUAUAAUAAUAUGAAUAUGGAACAUAUGAAAAAUUAUUAUAACAAUGGAUAUAAUAACGAAUAUUAUAACCAUAUUAAUUUAAGUAAUAUACCUUAUAAUAAUAUUCAAUUACAAAAUGGACAUUUUCAUAAUAUAAAUAUGAAUAAUCAAAAUAUGAUACCCUUUCAAAAUAUAAAUAAUACUUUAUAUGCUUCAAAUCAAGUCAAAAUAAAUAAUGAACAUAUUAUUAAUGAUGUGCAUAAUAAUAUAUGUAAUAAUAUGCAGAAUAUAUCAAAAAAUGUAGGUAAGUCAUCAUCUUCUGAUAUUAAUCAUGAAAUAAAUGAUGCUCAAAAUAUAUUAUCCAAUUCUAAUGAACAGUAUUUAAAAGGUAACUAUAGAAAUAAUACACCCAAAAUAAGUUUUCAUCUUAAUAAAGAAAAAAAUAAUGAACAGGACAUUAAAGAGGCUUGUUUAAAUAAUAAAGAAAAUAUAUCAAAGAAUUUAGAAAAUUUGAGAAAGUUACAUAAUGAUAUACAAAAGGAAAAAGAUGUAAAUAAUAUUAAAGAAACCGAUGAAGAUACUUAUUGUAAUAGUUCUUCUUUAUUAAGAGAUUAUAAUAUCCAUAAGAAAAAUAUGAAUAAUAAUGAUUUAUUAUUAUCAGAUGAUAAUUUUAUGAUGAGUCCUUAUGAUAAUAUAAAUGAUACACAUAUAUUAUAUAUUUCUAAUUUUGUUAAUUUUAUUAAUUUAGAAAAUAAUAAAAAUAUAAAUGAUUCUAAUACAUGUGCCUGGUUUAAUAAAAAUGUUUUUGAAGUAUUAAUUGAUGAACAUAAAUUUUUUUCAUCAGUAACAUUUUUAGAUAUUUUAUAUGAAUUUAAUGUUUUCAAUGUAAAAAGAGAUGGUCAUGUAUUUAUAGAACAUGAUAAUGAAUAUGUAUUACAAGGUAAAUGGUGUGAUUAUGAUCCUAAUAAAAAUAAUUCUACUUCUGUUAAUUUUGAAGAGAAUUUUUGUUUUGAAAUAGCCAUAUCUGAAGAUAAUGAAAAUAAUACACAUAGUGUUUUUCUAUUAAAAUCUAAUCAAUUAAAAUAUACAGAUAAUAUACAAAAUGAUAAUACAAUAACUAAAAAAAUUUGGGUUUCAGAAUAUCUAGGAAGAAGAAAUGAAUUCCUUGAAAAAAUUUUAAAAAGAAAUAUAUCCAAUAUAUUAUAUGAAUGCAUUAGUAGAAAACAUUGUUUAUUUCUAUUAGAAGUACUUAUGAAAAAAAUAAAUAAACCUACAUCUUAUGAUAAUAAAGUAAAAGGAAAUUUCUCUUAUUUUUAUUUUGAAUAUAAUAUAAAAGUUCUAUGUAAUAGUGAAAACUGCAUAUUUACAAAUAAUCAUAUAUUACAUAAAAAUAAUACAUAUUCAUAUAAACUACCAAAUAAUAUCUUAUCUUUACUUGUCUUUUCUGAGGAUAAAUUGAUCAAAGGAAAAUAUCACCCUGAAAAUCAAAUAAACACAACACAAAAAGUGCAUUUUCCUCUUUAUCCUUUUUUUGUCAAUAUUAAUUUUUAUAAUGAAAAAUAA